AUGUCGCCCGUGAAGAACCCAAGUGGACAUUGGCCAUAUGCGCUGCGCCUGCGUGGAUCAGUGACACCCAGCAUCUUGAGCAAGAUUGUCUUCAUCGGACUCUAUGCUGCACUCGUCAGUUCCAUCUCACUGCUGACAGAGCGCUCCCUUGGCAUCUCACCCAUCCUCAUCUCUGUCCUUGGUUUCGUGGUGGGUCUUUCACUCUCAUUCAAGACCACAACCGCAUAUGCUCGCUGGUGGGAGGGACGCAUUGCCUGGCAGACGAUUGCAACCCAAUCACGCAGCCUCGCUCGUCUCAUGAUGGUGCAUGUCCCCGAAAACACGGCAAAAGACUGUUUCAUCAAAAAGUCAGCCGUGGAUUUGCUCAAGAUCUAUCCAGCUGCCGUGAUGCAUCAAUUGCGUGAGCGUCGUUCCGAGGGAGCACGCUUUGUGUUGCGAGUGCCACAUCUCAUGACAUAUGCGAGUGUUGCUGGAACACCCGUGUCGCCACCUUCGAGACCUCGGACGAGCGCUUUUAAGCGCGCAAAGCAGCACCGCGCAGAAGCAGUGGAUUACAACAAGGAGACUGCAUUGCAUGGGUGUCUGCCCGUUGAAAUUGCCAUGCACUUGUCGGCGUUUGGUGUUUGGGCGACCUGCACGCAAGGCUGUCCCAAUUACGUUGGUCAACAAAUUGCUUUGUGUGUAGCUGGCUUAACGGAUGCAUUGGGUGUGUGUGAGCGUCUUCUUCGCAGUCCGAUCCCACUCGCCUACAACAUCGUCAUUAGCCAAAUUGUGUGGGUGUUUAUGCUUGCCCUGCCAUUUCAGCUGGAGGACCAGCUUGGUUGGUACACGCCAGCGUUGGUGAUGGUGACGGGUUUGUUCUGCUUUGGUCUCGAGGGCAUUGCACGAGAGCUGGAGAACCCAUUUGGUGACGAUGCGAAUGAUUUGCCGCUGGAGGAGUACUGUGAGGCGAUUGAACUGGAGCUGACGGUCAUGACGGCUUUAGACCGAACUGAAUUUGCUGCAUGGGCUCUAGAUGAGCGCAAUUUAGCCUUUGGCAAGAGUGGUAUGGAGGAGAAGCUGGAGGGGAUGACCAUUGAGGAGGCCCAUCGCCAGGUCUUACAGCUUGCUUUGCAGACCUGUUCAAAGUAUCUGUUUAGAGCAGGCAACGACAUGGCUGGAGUGUAUGACGGGAUUCAUGAAGCAGCAUGAGGGUCAGGCUGAUGAGGUUGGUGGACAGAGCAGAGAGAAGAAGCAAGCAGUAGACAGAGGAUAGAAGAGAUGAUGAGGGCAAUGAUGGCAAUAUUUGGCGUGUCAGCAGGAGGAGAGAGUCAGUACAAGGAGUCAAUACAAGCAAUAGUAAAGUAGUAGAGGAGAGUAAAGCAGAGUAGCAGGGUAGCAGAGAGUCAAUACAAGAAGUAGUUAGGUAGUACAGUAGAAGAGUAGAG